AUGAGUGGAGUAGACGUGAAACCAAUUAAUUUAUCUUAUGACUUGGAGGUUAGAACACCUACUGGAGAUCAAAACUUAAUUGCUAACUUGGUGUAUAGAAAUUGCGAGAUAUGGUUUGGAGAACGAAAAUUGUUGGCCGAUCUGACGGGUUUAGCUAUUAAGGGGUAUGAUGUCAUUCUAGGAAUGGAUUGGUUAGCUCGUUACUAUAUUCAGUUAAAUUGUAAGACAAAAAUGGUAGAACUAUGUAUUCCAAGAGAGGCAACCUUAAAAUUGGAUGUAAGGGGUAGAUUAGCCUCUUCUGCCCUUAUUUCAGAAAUUCGAGUUAGAAAGAUAUUGAGUAAGGGAGUUCAAGGGUAUUUAGCUUUUCUUAUAAAUAGUCCUAGUGACAAGGUGAGGUUGAAAAAUAUGCCAGUAGUUAAGGAGUAUCCAGAUGUUUUUCCUGAGGAACUAGAAUCUUUGCCGCCGGAAAGAGAGGUAGCCUUUAAAAUUGAUGUGACUCUAGGAGUAGCACCUAUCUCUAAGAUGUCAUAUAGAAUGGCUCCAACUGAAUUGAAAGAGCUAAAAUUGCAAUUGUAG